AUGCGCGCUUGUCCCCUUUCCCGCCGUGUAGUCCCCGCGUCCCGCCAUCUCCCCGCAUCUUUAUUUACAGAUCCCCAGAUCCCCACCUUCGCGCUCCGUGCCCCGCCUACGCUCGUGCACCACUCCCCCGCUUCUUCCGCCCUCCGUCACUCACCAAUCCACGCGCUGCCGGAAACAAGUGACAACUGUUACCGAACACCUACUGUCCUUUGUCCCCGUUUCAACUUGCUCCCCUUACACAUGCUCACAUGCUCAGUGUGCCACGACACCAUCCACUCCGCCGCCCACCCCCAACCCCCCUCUCCUCCCCCCGCAUCCUUCCCCAUGCCUCCUCUUUCGCGGACGUUGUGUGCCACCCAUCCCGCUCCUACGAAACAUCUCGUCACUUUCACACACCAACUCACUAUACUGUACACUCUCACUAGUCAUUUCUAUCACUACCGUAACGUGGAUUACAAACCCGUACUUUUUUCCCGAACACGCCCUCUUGACUUGGUUUCCCUUUUUACAACUUUGGCGUUCUCAUCGCCUCCAAUCUUUUUGCCCCUCGGAGCUCCCUGUUGCCCCAUCGGAACUACCGUCCACUGCCAACGUCUUUGUCUUUGUGCUUGUCUUUGGAAACUGUACCAAACCUCAACACAAAGCCCAGCUCAACUACCGAAAUCCUUGUCCAUAAUACACACUAUUUUCCUCGCUAUAAAACCUCACCAAACCUUCCUUCCCCCAACUAAAAUUCCUCACACAAACAAACAAACCAACUCUCCUAACACAUACAGCUCAUUUCAACUCACCUCAAACAAACUCCUCACAAUGUCUCGUGUCAGUUCAUCAAUCAAAUCUUCCAAACGCACUCAGGGCAAGUCUACCCAAACCACCUCCAAGUCCCUCACGAAAACUACCGUCAAAAUCCAUGAGGCCCCAACCAGCCGCCUUUUGACACAACUCACUCGCUUGCAGGACCAAGAAGCCGGCUGGAAUCAGACAACGUUUGAUCUCUCGGUUUCAAAACCCACCAUCGCCGUCGUCUAUGAUAAAAAUGGAGCCAUAGUCGGGUCUGGCACUCUGAAUGCCAUGUCCCCUCAAAGCUUUUGGAUGGGCAACGUGUUUGUUGCCGAGAGCAUGAGGCGCCGUGGAAUUGGUUCCAAGUUGGUCUCGGAGCUUCUGAGCCACGCUGAAGCAAAGAAGAGCCGAUCUUCCGUUGUCCUCACCUCCACAGAUCUCGGAAUGGGAAUGUACAGCCGCCUCGGCUUUAAAGUCGUACCUAGCAUCAAGAUCGUCAUGUAUGCAAGACCGCCUACAGUCGCCCCGACUCGUUCCAGCCUCAAGCCAAGAGUCCCAAGCAAGGCCGAACACGAAGAGGCAAUCAAGUUCGAUGAAAAGUCCAAUGGUGCAUCACGCGCAUCGAUGCUGCGGAGCAUCUAUAAGCAGUACGGGAUGUGUGCAGUUUUGAAGUCUGGCUCGUCUAUCGUGGCAGUUGCGUGGGGUCGGUACCUGGCAAGUCCUACAAAGGACCACCAGCCGGAGUUACAAAUCGGACCCGUAGUUGCAAAGAAGUCUGAGUAUGCGGCUAGCGUGACCGGGGAGCUUCUGAGAAUGGACCAGGGCGGGCGUUCUGCAAAGAAGGGUAUGUGUGGGAGUGCAAUGGUUCUAUCUGUGCAGCGAGGGAAUGACAGCAAGCCUGGGAUGCGGGCGUUUGAGUCAGUUGGAUUUAUGAAGAUGGGAGAGAUGCCGUACAUGCGGAAGACACUUGGGAGGUCUUCGAGUUCAUCUGAUUCGAAGCUAGACCUUGUACGGGCAAGCUCAUCAUACCAUGCGAUGGCAUGGUGGGAUCUUGCAUAG